UCGCGACGCCGGGCGGGCUUGCACGGCGACCUUUACCGCUGUCGCUUCACUAUCGCUGCGCUGUCUCUAUCUGCCCCAUCGCUGCAGCUGCACGUCCGCAUGUAACGUCACGCACAGUCUUGGCCUGCAUCCGUGAUCCUGGAAUUGAAGACUGCCCGUCACGUGCCCAACACCAACGUCCCUCCACCACCACCGCGCUCGGCCCGACCCAUCACACCUCGCCGCUUGCCUGCAGCACUGCAGCAGCACACCAUGGCGGACGAAGCGUCCUCGAUCCGCUCCUCGCAGGGCUCUGCGCGCCGGGCGCCCAAGAACCCCCAGCAGCAGCUCUCGCAGAUCGAAAAGUCCGUCACGCACCUGCUCGUCGCCACGAAGCAGCUGCUCGAGACUCUGACCCUGUGGUCGCGCGGGACCGCCACCGAGAGCGAGGUCUCGGACGUGUACGUGCGGCUGGGCUACGAGUUCAACAUCGCCUCGCGCGCCUUCAACGCCAUCGGCGUCGACACAAAUGACCUGGGCAACGUGCCCGAGCUGCUGCGGGGGAUCCUGGAGGAGACGCUGAGCCAGGAAGCCUCGCAGACCAGCCUCGACAACUUCCUGCCACGCAUCCGCGACAUCAUCAUCAACCUGCUGCAUGGCCUGAAGAAGAAGCAGCAGCGCCUGCGCCAGCGGACCGGCCGCGACGGCUCGCUGAACGGCGGCAGUCCGCGCCAGAGCGUCGGCACCGCUGAGCCCGACGAGCCUCAGCAGCAGACGCGGGCCUCGAGCCAGCGCCUGCCCCCCCGCGACGAGAACGGCACCAACCCCGACCUGCCGCCGCGCUCGUCGUCUGUCGCCGGCCGCGUGUCGCCGUCCAAGUACGACUCGCUGCCCACGAACCCGCGCGCCAACCGCAACACGGGCGCCAGCCAGCUGUCCACCGACUCGUCCAUGUCGAGCAACACCGCCCAGCAGAUGCCCGUCAUGGCCCCGUACCCCGACGACGACGCCAUGCCGCAAACCCCCGAACCGCCAGCACAGCCUCCGCGCUCCAACAACUACCCCGUCGACUUCCCCCCGCCGCCGCCCCCGCCGAAGCAGGAGGAUGCCCUGGCGGCCCUGCAGCGGGGCGGCGACCUGGAGAGAAGGGCCUCGCGCCGUUUCUCGGCCUACCAGAUACAGAAGCACCUGGGCACAAACGGCAUCCCCAUUGCCCCCGUGCAGAACUCGCCAAUACCGAACCGCGGGAGGGACGUGCGAGAGUCGAUGAAUGCUGUAAGAACUAGGGGUGGCAUGCACAAUCGGCAGCGCUCGAACCAGCAGCGGCCGACGGUCGACACCGCCGUGGAAAAGUCCCACGUGAGGCGCAUCUCCGAAGAGAGCUCGCAGAGCGCGCCUGUUUUGCCGCCGCCGGAGGAGGCCGCGCCGCAGCUGAGUCCCAUGCAGCAGACGCCGGAGGAGAUGCUGGCCAAGCCAGAGUUCCCCGCCACGGACCCAUCUCUCGGGGCUACGAGUGGCCCGUUGGGCGACCCAAUCGACAUUGCUGGCGAGAAUGAAGAACAACAAGCAGCGAACGUGCCUGUGCGCAAUGGCUCUCGCAGAGUGGCCAAAUCGCCGGAUCCGCAGCCGCAGUUCGUGCCCGAGCAGUCACCCCAGGCCGGUAAGGAACUCACUCUGUUCCUCCAAUACAAGAGGAAGGUCAUGAAGUAUGUCUUUCCCGAUGGAUCUGAGCUCUCGGCUGGACGCCUGCAGCUGGCGUUCAUUGAGAAGUUUGCUUGGGACACGCACCGACACGGCGAGCUGCCCGAGAUCCACAUCCAGGAUCCCGUCUCGGGUGUGCGUUACGAGCUUGAGGACCUGAACGACAUCAAAGACCGCAUGGUCCUCGUCCUCAACGUAGAACAGCUGGACGAAGUCAAGAACCACAUCGACGACAAGUUUGGGUCGCUACGGGAAUUGGUCGAGAGCAUCAAGACUGUCGUGACGGAUCAGCAGUCGGCCAUCGACCGCGUUGCCGAGCGCCAGCAACAAACAGCACGUGAACUUGCUGGCAUGGCAGCAGCGCCACCCAGCUCAGCGCGCAAUUCGGCACUGCUGCCAUCCAGGCCAUUCAACGGCACGCCACCCGAGGGCACGCUGACAUCGGCCGCCCAGCUGAGCGAGGUGCAGUCACUUCGCCGCGACCUGGCUGUUGUCAGACAAACCUACACCUCGUUCGUCUCCGACAUACAAGCCAGCAUGGCUACCGUCCGCACCAAGGCGGCCGCGGUCAAGUCGACGGCGAUCAAAGCUGCACUGCCAUCUCUCGACGGAGACACUGGCCGCACGUACAUCAACACAGGCAAGAAGAACCUGCAGGACGAGUCCGAGAAGAUUGUCAACCGGGUCGACGAUCUCCAAGAUCUUGUGGAAGACCUCCGCAAGGAUGUUGUUAUGCGUGGUGUGCGACCAAUGCCGCGCCAGCUCGAAGUCACAGCCAAGGACCUGUCCAAGGCCACUGCUGAGCUCAAGAAGCUGCAGGACUUCCUCGCCAAGGAGAAGCCUCUCUGGACGAAGAUCUGGGAGCAAGAACUGCAGACAGUCUGCGAGGAGAGGGAUCUCCUCACCAUGCAGGAAGAGCUCGCCGCAGAUCUGCAGGACGAUCUCGAGAAGGCGACACAGACGUUCGAGCUCGUUGAGCAGGCGACCAAGCAGCAGAACCUGCAGAACGAGAAGGACCAGGCCAAGGGCGUCCGCACAGUCAGCGGACAGAAGGCCUUGAAUGCGGUUGCCAUCGACAAGGCAGUCGACCCCCGCCAGGCCCGCGACGGAGUGCUCGGCGAAGUCAAGGCCCUGCAGCCAAACCACGAGAGCCGGCUCGAAGCUAUCGAGCGCGCCGAGAAGGCACGGCAGCGCGAUCUCGAAUCCCGACGCGACGACGAGUUUAAGCGUGAGCUGGGCGACUUUGUUGCAGACGGCAAGCUCAAGAAGAGCGGCGGGUUUGAAGAAGUCGAGCGCGUCCGCGCGAUGCGCGAGGAACGUGCCCGCAAGGAGCACAACGAGCGCGAGGCCGAGCGCCUCCGGAAGAAGUCAGAGAAGAUGGAGGCGCAGCGGCAGGCCCGACUACAGGCCGCUGCAGACGCCGCGGCCGCAGAGCAGAACGGCGCCGAGAAGGAAGAAGCGGCCCCAGAAGACACGCAGGAAGACGCUAAGGAGGAGAAGGCCCCGUCGCCUGAAGGUGCAAACCCUUCUUGAGACCGCCUGAUCCACAUUAGCUGUCACUGUGGCUGAUCCCAGGCAUAGACACCCCGCGCCUGCGCUACACCGUCCGCCCCUGGGUCACCUCGGGCGUCCCGCUGCCGAUGCGCCUCGCGCACACAGGCCUGGCCGCACACCUCUCCCACAGCGCCUCGACACCCACUAUCCGCGUCGAGACGGCCGAACCCGCGACUCCGCCCAGCAUCGACUCUUCCCGCGGCCGCCGCACGCCGCCCCUCAGCCUGCGCGCCCGCAAUGCUCAUAGCGCCUCUCCGCUCCCUAAGCGCGCGCGAGCGUCCACGGUUCCGCGCCGCACACCCGAUGACGCGCAGGACGACAGGGACGCCGCGAACAGCACACUCAGUCCCACGCCCAGCCUGCGCGGUCAGCAGCUCGCGAGCUGGUUCUCGGGGCUGCUGGGGCGGUACGAUAAGGCGUGAGGUGUAAACGUG